AUUUGUUUUGCCAAAGUUCAAUAUUUUUAGUAUUCUAACCUUAUGAACAAUAAUUCUAACAAUGAUUUGGCGGAUUAGAAUACUUCACAAUAAAGUUUCAAUAUCUAGCCACUUGAAACAUCAAAAGGAAUUGCAGAGAGUACGAAUCAAGCUAUAUGUUUUUAAUUUCAUAUAUCUUUUAGAUUCAGCUGAUUUUUCUGAUCCCUAUGUUAGAGGUGAAUUUUUAAAGAAAAUGUAUUGCUCUUUGAUUGGAUAAUUCCUAUACAAUUUAUUCAUGAUUAUUCUAACAUUUUAUGCAGGAUUGAUAAAUUGGUUGGUGACUGAAUAAGACUGUGGUGAAAGAAACUCAGAAUAUUGUGUAGUAACACCAAACUGGUUGUUUUAUGUUUCUUUAGUUGUCUCAAUAAUAUUUUCAUUCGCAAUCUACUUUGGAGGAAGCACUGUAAGAAAAGUAACAUCAAAUGAUCUAUUAUAGGGUCCCAUAAAAUAUCUAAUAUUAAUUUUCUACCCAUUAUUCUAUGGAUUUACAUUUUCGGCUAUAUUCGCUUUUAUGAUUUACCAUAUGCAUUCAAUGGGGGUUUGGGAAAUUUUGACUAGUUUAUUUCUAAUCUUAGUUUUUUUAAAUAUUGCUUAUUGCAACAGAAGAGAGAUUUCUUGCAUAUGUAUAAACCAUUUCAUAUUUUAUAGGCAAAACAAUUGUUGUUAUUGUCCCACCCAUAUUGUUAGCAGUAGUGUUUGUACCGAUUAAAUCAGUUUUAUUUGGUAUCUUUUUGUAAGGUACCGUUAUCAGUAUGUUUUAUGGAUUCUAUUUACUUUUGGAAUCAAGCUUCAUUAUGGACAGCAAAGUAAAAUUUCUUUAAAUAUUAUUUAGAGAUUAAAUUUAUAACCUGAAGACUAUUAGAUUACAUCUUUGUUACUUAAUGGUCUUAUUGUUCAACCAUUAGUCAGAGCAGUUGAUAUAAUUCUUAGUAUUGUAAUGUGA